AUGAAGUUCUUUUCACAAGAUCCUCCCAAUGCUUUUCGCUCAAUCGUCUUCGUGUCCUCUCUUCUAUUGCUCGCGACACUAGCAAGGCUGUAUCUUAAUAGUCGACGCCCGAGAAACUUCCCACCAGGCCCCACCCCUUCACCUAUCAUAGGAAAUCUCCCUGAACUGCCUCCCACGAAAGCUUUCCUAAAAUUCCACCGAUGGCGGAAGCAAUACGGUGACAUUAUUGGCCUCAAAUUUGGUCCACAAAACGUGGUUGUCCUGAACAAUUACCAACACGUGAAAGAACUAUUUGACAAAAGAGGAGCCCUAUACUCCAGCCGUCCAGAAAGCUACGUCGGAAAUGAACUUGUAUGCCCUGGGGAAGUCCACGUCUUGUUGCUUCCGUACUCGGCUGCGUGGCGCAAACUUCGCAAAUGCUUCCAGCAACUCAUGACCGUCUCGUCGGUCGAAACUCUACUUCCAAUACAAAUCGCAGAAGCUACCAAGACUGUGCACGAUAUCAUUAAUGAUCCGGAGGGCUUCUACAACCACCUGAGACGCUUUCCUUCGGCGGUUAUGCUGGCAACUGCGUACGGGAAACGAGGCCGGAGCUUCGAAGACCAGGUUAUCCAGGACUUAUACGCAAUGCUGCAUGACUUUACGGAAGUUUUAGCACCUGGUUUCAUGCCACCUGCAGAUGAGUUUCCAAUCUUGAAGUAUAUCCCGGAGUGGAUGGCGGGGUGGAAGAGAAGAGCCAGAGCUGUAGGGACAGGGCAAAUGGAAUUAUAUCGGAAUUUGCUGGAGGAAGCGCGGCAGAGGUCUGAAAACGGGGAAUUGAAGGACUGUUUUUUGAAAACUCUGAUGAAAGAGCAGAAUGAAGGGAAGAACGAAUUGAAUGACGCGCAACUGGCUUACGUUGCCGGAAUUUUUAUUGAAGCUGGGUCCGAUACCACAGCAUCGUCACUCUUGUCCUUUUGUCUCGCGAUGGUCACACACUCUCACGUCCUCAAGAAGUGUCAAGAAGAGGUUGAUGCUUGUUGUCCCGAACAUUCCCCAACAGCGGAUGAGGCUCGAAAUCUUCCAUACUUGAAAGCUUGUUUGACAGAAACACUACGCUGGCGACCUGUAGCCCCAGGCGGCAUCCCACAUGCCUUAACGGAAGACAAUGUGUAUGGAGAGUACGUGCUUCCGAAAGGCACCAUGCUCCUUGCGAACACGUGGGGAAUUCACCACGAUGAGAGCGAAUACGUAAAUCCAGCGGAAUUUAUACCCGAGAGAUUUUUAGAUAACAAGUUUGGCACUAUAAAGAAGGAAAAAGAUGGAGAGAAUGAUAGGAGGAGGACCACGUAUGCUUUUGGGGCCGGGAGGAGGGUGUGUGCGGGCCAAAGGCUUGCAGAGAAUGGUUUGGCGAUAAUUGCGGCCAAGAUUGUCUGGGCUUUUGACAUUUCGCCAACUUCACAAAUAGACUCCAGUAUCGAAACUGGCUAUACAGAUGGAUUCGUACUCGCGCCCAAGCCGUAUGCAGCGAAGUUUGUACCUCGAACGCAGGAGCGUGUUUCGAUCAUUGCGAAGGAAGCCGAGGAGGCAGAGAAGUUUUUGAGUCGCUUUAAUUAG